AUGAAAUCGUCUCGCUACGCUGUAACUCGCCAGAAGGCGUGCCAACAGUGUAUCAGAACCAAAACAAAGUGCGACCGACUGUUUGGGUCGAAGAUUUGCAAGAGGUGUUCGCAAAAGGCCAUCGAGUGCUCGUACGCCGGAUUGCCGCCGUCCGACAGGAGCCACGAAGCUGAUCUCACCAAUGUAUCCUUGGAUGCGGUCCACGCUACUUCCAGCGUUGCAGUGCCUGAUCUCGAACACGAUAUUGCAAUAGAAACGCUUCCGACUGCCUCACCUGCGGUCGGCUCGGCCAGUACCGCUCUUCUGUGUCCGAUAGAUGCGGACGGGAUCCGCAACCGAUGGCUAAACGCAUACAUCCCCACACCUCAACAGAAACCGAAGAACUACCCGGCGAGCAUAUCCACUCUGAUACAUCGUAUCCUCAAGGCAUACACCGGUAUGGCGAUCAAAGGCAAAGCAUUACCUCCCUUCAUUCACUUCUCGCAAGCGCUCGCCACCAACAUGCCUUCUCCACUCGCAACCUGCCUAAGUCUGGUUCGAAUGUGCGAUAACCCUUCAGCUGGAAGUGAAAGCUCGCUGAUGGAUGUUCUACAGCGGGAAAUGGACAAGCUGUAUGAAUGGAGAGGAACGUGUGAUCAUGUGUUUCUCCUGGCAGCGUUCCAGGCUUAUCUACUCUACUCCAUGAUUGUAUUCUUUCACUUUAGCUCAGGUUCCAGCGCACUUCUACGCCAGGCCAUGAUAAAUAUACAGGAACUUGCUUCUGCAACCGCCCGACAGGGUCUGGUAUGCCCGGAAGAGCUAGGUCAUGCCCGGCCGGUCUGGGAGUCGUGGUGUAUCGCCGAAGCCAAGCGUCGAACCCUCUACACAAUGUAUUUGUUUGACAGCCUACUCUCGUCGCAGGAAGGACUGCCUACAUUCAUUGGGACGGAGCUGACAGGACUGCCUGCACCAUCUGCACGAUCAUUGUGGUAUGCACAGACAAGACAAACUUGGGAGCACGCUUACAACCGUGCCUUGGUAGAAUGGCCCGACGUAGGUCUUCGAAUCGAUGAACUCUGGCCAAUACCUCCUGACCUCGAUGAAGCCGGUAUCAACAACAGGCGAAGCAGGGUUGAUCGAUGGUUAGAAGAUGUUGAUGAGUACGGGACGAUGAUGUACGCGGUCACGAGCUGUACUCAUGGCGGUUGA